UUUUACUGAUUUUUUUUUUUUAUUAAGAUCAGAUAGGAUUUGCAGAGCAACAGAUGGAGGAACAUCCAUUAGGUGGAGAUGAGAGAACAUUUAUGGUUUUUUUGAGAUUGUUGUGAGUGCAGCUUAACCUGUGCUGAUUAAUUGCUGAUAACGGUAAGAACAGGUAGGUCUGUACUGGAGCUGACUUGCUUACAGAGGUACCCAGAGGUGGAUUUGCAGCCUGAAGGCAGGUUGUGCUGUUGUAUUUCAGACUCUCUCUGUAACAGUGGGCUAUGCAGAGCGCUGCCCAGCUGGUGGGCUCCUGCGGAUAAUGGUGAGACUUCAAAGCAGAUCAGAGCCCUCUGUGCUGACCUAGUUAGCUCCCGGGGGGAGGUCAGGCCCUUACACAGAGCCCUGCUGUGCUGGGAGGUGCCCAGAGCUCCUGCAGGGCAGCUGACACCGCAGGCUGUAAUGCGCUCUGGGAGAUGGGCCCAGCACACAGCUUUGUUUCUGCCUCUCUUGCAGCGCCCGGUGCAGCAGUCUGAGAUGUUCUGUGCUGCUGGGAAGCAGAAAUGCAGUUGACGUGUGGUGGCAGCAUUUUACCUUCUUCAGCCACGAAUGUACUGGUAGCAGAGUUUUUCCUUUUUGUUGUUGUUGUUUCAAAUAUGACUGUUGAAGAAAAGUUUUUAGAGCAGUAAUAUUUCUUAGUUGUUACACCUGAAGUAAGACUUGUUGGUAUUGCAGGUUCGAUCUCACCUCACACAUGGGAUGUGUAGCUUUGCUUUAAACUUCAGCGUGUGUUUUAUUACUGUAACGUCUUCGGGAAACCAACGCUGCUGCUGGAUGUGUGGGCUCAGGCAUGCUGCUGCUGUCCUCUGCAUUCUUCUGUUUUCUGAAACUUUAUUUUCAGGACUUUCAGUGCUUUCUCAAUGAGCAUAAUGCUUUUCUUAUAACGCCUUACCUCAGGGUAACCAGAGUGUUUUGGAUCUCUUUGUAUCUUCAGAUGCUCCCAUGUGUUCUGUUGUCAGUGGACGUGGCUGUUUGUGUUCUGUGCAUCCACGAAUACAUCGCCACUGGGGGCUGCCUGCUCUGUUUUUCACCUUCCCUUCAGGUAGCAGAUGGUUUUGUUCCUUUAGUUUCUCUUCUCGUGUUAUAACUCAGAAGAGGUUUUUAGCUGGGAUCUGUAUGUGUGCUGCUUGACCAGGUACAGCAGCAGCGAUGGGGGAGGUUUGGGGAAGCGUGUGCUGGGAAGUCUGCGUUGCCAGGCACGUAGCAACCUGUGAGGCACUUCUGAGGACAGAUGGUCACAGAUUUGCUCUUGUGUUGAUGUAUAUCUCCUCUGACAACACGACUCUGGUACUUGUAAUUUGGGGCUUACAGAUUGUGGGGAAUAAUUCAAAGAUUUCAAUGUCUCAUUAAUUAUAUUGAGAAUUGUAUUUUCUUUGAGUCCUAACUUAAUUUGAAAUAACUGAGUAACAGCUGCCUUAAUACACGUGGCAUUUUGCUGAACGAUCCUCUCUCCCAACUCAUCUUUUGCUGUCAUUGCUGUAAGUGUGGGGAGUUGACCUCUGUCCUGUGAGGAAGCUGUGUUCUGUUACUGUUGAGCUGUGCUCUGCAAGAGCUCCAGUUCCCAGCAGUUAAUGUGUCAGGACCCCACGUGCUGCACUUGGUGCUUUUGCCUUAACUGAUGAACCGCAGAUACGUUGUCACUGAACUGAUGCAGAGCGACCUCCAUAAGAUUAUCGUCUCUCCUCAGCCUCUCAGCUCGGAUCACGUCAAAGUUUUUCUUUACCAGAUUUUAAGAGGUCUGAAAUACCUACAUUCUGCUGGCAUUUUGCAUCGAGACAUUAAACCAGGGAACCUACUUGUGAACAGCAACUGUGUUCUUAAGAUUUGUGAUUUUGGAUUGGCCAGGGUGGAAGAAUUAGAUGAAUCUCGUCACAUGACUCAGGAAGUUGUCACUCAGUAUUAUCGGGCUCCAGAAAUCCUGAUGGGCAGCCGCCACUACAGCAAUGCUAUUGACAUCUGGUCUGUAGGCUGCAUCUUUGCAGAAUUGCUCGGGCGAAGGAUAUUGUUUCAGGCACAGAGUCCCAUUCAGCAGCUGGAUCUGAUCACAGACCUGCUGGGAACGCCCUCACUGGAAGCAAUGAGGACAGCGUGCGAAGGCGCCAAGGCACACAUACUCAGGGGUCCUCACAAACAGCCAUCCCUUCCUGUCCUAUAUACACUUUCCAGUCAAGCUACUCAUGAAGCAGUUCAUCUCCUUUGCAGAAUGUUGGUCUUUGAUCCAUCCAAAAGAAUAUCUGCUAAGGACGCCUUAGCUCACCCAUACCUUGAUGAAGGGCGGUUGCGAUACCACACCUGUAUGUGUAAAUGCUGUUUUUCCACAUCCACUGGAAGAGUUUAUACUAGUGAUUUUGAACCCAUCACUAAUCCCAAAUUUGAUGACACUUUUGAAAAGAACCUCAGUUCUGUUCGGCAGGUUAAAGAAAUAAUUCACCAGUUCAUUUUGGAACAGCAGAAAGGAAACAGAGUACCUCUCUGCAUCAACCCUCAGUCUGCUGCUUUUAAGAGCUUUAUUAGGUAACUUUCCACAGUUGCUCAACCUUCUGAGAUGCCACCAUCUCCACUGGUUUGGGAGUGAAGUGGAAGAUAAUGUACUACUGAAGAUGUAAUGUAGCUUUCCACUGGAGUCUGGGAUUUGCAAUUCUGGAGGUUAAUCAUGCUUGUACUGUAAUUUUACUAAUGAAGUUUUAAAUUAACAACCACUACUUGUACAAUAUGAAUAAUAUUUAGAAAUGUACUAGACUUUUAAUCUUGUAAAGUGGUUGUGCUUUUAGAAGAAAAUAUUUUACCCAGAGUUGCACGUGUUUUAUGAAUUAUAGUGCAGCUGUGAUGGCUCAGCUCGGAACAAACAGAAUCGAACCAAAUUUGGGGAGGAUUUUUUUUAAUGAAGUGAGAUUGUACGCAAAGACAGACAGACAUUUUGAUAUUGAGCCAUUCCUGAAGAUUUUGGGUUUUCUAAAGCUAAGGAAUACAGAAAUCUUGACUGCGACCAAUGAUGAAGUCACGUUGGGUGGCAGUGACCACAGGAGGUGGCACCGCCCCCGAUGAUCCAACCCUAUAAAUAGCUUCUCACUAGAGCUGUGAUGGUGAUGUGUGCUGUUCUAAAAUCAGAUGUUGUGAGUAGAGAGAAUGAGUUUGUGACUAGGAGAGACUAAACUUCUGUUUCCUUACCCAGUAUAAAUAUAUAUAUAUAUUUAAUCUAUUUUUAUUAGAAGUUUUUUCUGCUCUUUCUUACAUAAAACCCCCCAGCAUGCAUCUUCUAUGUGUGUAAAUACUUCCAUUUAUGGGCUAAUUUCAGAGAUCCCUGAUGUCAUUGCUGUAUAGAGAGAAACUAGCUUGCACAUUUUAGGUCUGUGAAAUUUUGUGAGAACUUUUUCCUGCACUGGACAGUUGAGAGAGAGAGAAGAAAAAAAAAAAAGAAAAGGAAAA